CACCACAUAAGAUGUUGCGUGCAUAUGUGUAUGUGUAUAUGUACAACGGUGCGGCAUAGAAACCGCCGCCAAACGCCAAAAGUUCAUACCUACAUAUAUAUGUGUGUCAGUAGAUGCAAUACAUACCAACAGACAACGACCAGAAGAACAGCAACAAAACAUCACUUGAAGAGUCCCCGAAAAUAAUAUUGCACAUACAUUUUAAUUAAAGCAAAACAAAAGAACCCAAAAAAAAAAGGUAAUAUCAACGAGGAAAAAAACGCAGAAAUCAAUAGGUGAUAAAGAAAGUGUUGUUAUCAGCGUGUUUUCGUCAUUACGUUUUGGAAUUGGAACUGGAAUUGGGUUUCUGUGCUUCGUUAGUAUUUGCGACAUAUUGUUGUUGCUGCCGCGAGACAAAGUACGCGGCAGCGGCAACGGCAUCGCGCUUUGUUGCUGGAGACGACGUUGACGCUGACAAUGUCUGUGCAGCAGUUCUGCCUGCGCUGGAACAAUCACCAGCCCAACUUCAUAUCGGUCUGCUCAUCCCUGCUGCACAAUGGGACGCUAGUCGAUGUCACGCUCGCUGCGGAGGGCCGCCAGCUGCAGGCUCACAAAAUUGUGCUCUCCGCGUGCAGUUCUUACUUUCAGGCGCUCUUUACAACGAAUCCGUGCCAGCAUCCGAUUGUCAUACUGAAAGACGUGCAGUACGAUGAUCUCAAGACGAUGGUGGAUUUCAUGUACUACGGCGAGGUGAAUGUGUCACAGGAACAACUGCCGCACAUUCUGAAAACGGCGGAAAUGCUCAAGAUCAAGGGCCUGGCCGAAAUGCCCACUGAUCCGGCCAACCUCACCAAGUCCGACAGCAAAUCGUCCAGUGAGGCGACCGAGUUGCUCGGUCAGGCUGGUGCCAAUGUGGCCGGCACUGGUGCUGGUGCUGCAGCGUCUAGUCUAGGAGCAGCCAGCGGCAGCAGCAGUGCAGGCGAUUCGCUUUGGAGCAGCAGUGAGGCGCAGCAAUUUCAGCAGCAUCAUCAGCAACAGCUGCAGCAACAACUGCAGCAGCAACAGCAGCAGGCACAACAGCAGCAACAACAGGCGCAACAGCAACAACAACAGCAGCAGCAGCAGGCGCAACAACAACAACAGCAGCAGCAGCAACAACAACAGCAGCAGCAGCAACAACAGCAUCAUCAUCACCAUCAUCAUCACCAAGCACAACAGCAACAACAACAGCAGCAAGGGGGCAGCCAAGCGCAGGGUUCGCAGACGCAUCACCAUCAGCUGAGGCGAACGCCAUCGCCGCUAAGUGCUGGCACCUCCCCGGCCACGCGGCGCAAGCGCUUGCGUAAAUCCUCGAAUAACGGUGAGUGUGACUUGGGUUCUGGUGAUCGCAACAACUCGGAGGAGCAGCACAGCAGCUCACUGGAUGCAACUGGCGCCGCUGGCAGCGCUGCUGGGCUGAGUCUGGCACAGAUGAGUCAAAUGUCGUUUGGCGGUGGAGCGGGUAAUAAUUCGACUGCAUCACUUGGUAACCUCGCGGGACACUCGAUGCAUGCCUCCAAGCUGCUUAAGGAGUCAGCAAACACUGAGCUAGAGCAACAGCCGCAGGAUUCGGAUCUGGACGAUGCCCACGGACACAUACAUAUGCAAAUUAAGCCGGAGGUGGACAUCGGCAGUGUGAAUCAAACGAUGCCCCUGGAUAUUUCUGGCACCACAACACCAUCGGAACACGACGCGCCCAAUUCACAAUCGUCGCACUCUGGUCUGCAGUGGACAGUUGUUGAUUCAAACUAUUCGCGCUUUUCGAUGCCCGCCUGCCAGUCCAAUUUGAUUGGCAAUGGCAACGGCAACGGCAAUCAAAACAGCGCCGCGAAUAGCAAUGCCGGCGUCGGUACCGCCGGCACCACCGCCGACCAGCGUCAACAGCAACAGCAGCAGCACGAAGCUCAGCAGCAGGCGACGCAGCAGCAGCAACAACAGCAUCUGCAGCAGCUGCACUAUCAGCAGCAGCAGCAGCAACAACAACAGCAGCAACAGGGCGCCACAGCUGGUCAGGCGUACUCGUCACAAAUCAUAACCGUAAAUAAUCUGGUCAGCGGGUAUGCAACGGCCGCUCAAAAUCUGUCGCCCACAUCGCCCAACGAGUCCAAUAUGGUGCAGUCCGUCUACAGUCAGGGUCCGACACCCACACAGUCGCCUGUCCACUCCGGCGUGGGCGGCGGCGGCGGCAGCAGUGCGGGUGGAAGUGCGGGCAGUGCUGGCGGCGGCGGUGGUGGCAAUAGCAGCAGUGGCGGUGGCGGCAGCAGCAGUCAAGUGACCAAACGCAAGCGAUCCGUAAAUCCCCAGGGCGAUGAGAAUUUCAUCAGGGCAUUGGAAGCGGUGCGCACCGGCGGCAUCGGAUUCUGCAAGGCUGCUCGCCUCUACGGCGUGAACAAUCGCACGCUUUGGCUGGAGUACAAGAAACGCGGUUAUCCGGUGUCGAGACCGAGCAUAAAGGCGCGCGUCGUCAAACAGGAGCCGAAUCUAUCGCCAUCGCCCACACCAUCCACAAAUCCCGGCGACGAUACGACCAACGAAACAUAUGAUCAUCUAACCGCUGCAGCCGUUGCCGCAGCACAAACAGCUGCGCUCAACAUGCAGAUACCGCCGCAGACGGAGACGCCGACGCCAUCGCUGAUGUGCGCGCCGCAUCAUGCGAGCGCAGGAGCGGCCACCUCAGCCGGUGGGGCCAACACGCAUCCGACCAUCGGCGUGAUGAGCCUCUUCGAUGCCCGCUACAUGGACUCACCGGCCAGCGUGCACACCAUGUCCCGGCAGAGGUAUAUCGAUGCGACGGGCGCCGGUGCAGCUGCUGCAGCGUCGGGAGCGGGCACAAUCAAUGUUAAUCCGGCCGCUGCAAUGAAUCUACAGAGUAUUAACUUCAACUCAAUAUAG